AUGUCCAAAACACACGCAUUCGUCGUUGGUGCCUCAGGAAAUACUGGAGGGGCCAUCGCAAAGGCGCUGCUCCAGGCGGGGACCUUCCGCCUCUCGAUAUUAGUACGGCAGUCAUCUAUCGAUAAACCUGCCGUCAAGGAGCUCACCGAUGCUGGCGCUGAGGUCGUAAUCGGUGACGCCUCUGACUCUCCUGAGAAGCUGGAAUCCUACCUGAAGGGUGUGGAUGUCCUGAUCUCCACAGUCACCAUGAUGGUGGAUCAGAAGCCUUUGAUACUAGCGGCCAAGAAAGCUGGCGUCGGACGGGUCGUUCCAUCUGACUUCGGACCGACCGUACCAAAGGGUGUGAUGGCCUUGCAAGAUAUGAAACUUGGAGUCCGUGACUACGUCAAAGAGCUUGAUAUGCCUCAUACAUUCAUUGAAGUCGGGUGGUGGUUGUCGGCGAUGUUCCCCCCUCUGCACUCAGCGAAAGACACGCUUCUAACCCGGAAGAUGUACGUGGGUGAUCGCUCUCGACCGCUCAUUUACUCAACAUUGCCAACCAUCGGUCGAAUGGUCGCACGCAUCGUCGUCGAUCCACGAGCACUGAACCAGACCGUCGUCGCCUACGACGGGGAGAUCAGCGUCAGCGAUGCAUGGAAAGUUGCGGAGAAGGUCACCGGGGAAGACUUCUCCGACUAUCCUGAGGUGUCUGCAGAGGAGAUGGAAAGGGGCUGUCAGCAGACAGAGAACUGGAUGAAACAAGUUGUUGCUGAAUAUCUCAGGACUGUAUUCAUUCGCGGGGACAAUACACUAGCGAAGGCGCUUACGUCGGGUAGCCUCGAUGGCAGGAAACUUUACGAUGACCUACCAUAUCCUGACGUCGAAGAAGAGGCGAAGAAUCACUACGCGUCAGGUUUUGUACUGGAGUACGACUACAUUCCUGAGGAGAUUAUAUCCGAUGUUUUCAGAACGGUGUAG